AUAAAAAGUAGAAACUGGAUUUCAAAUGGCAUCAAGCAACCGCAUUCUAACGGCCAUCUCUGGUCCGUACAAUUCCAGUUAUUUCCCAAUUUCCCACCUCUCUGAUUUGGUUAUGAGUUUCUCAAACAAAACAAAGAGACAAGAAACUCAACCCUGCAAAAAUCUGCAGGGCUAAUGAAAUUACCUUUCAUUUCUUCACUUGCUGCCGGGAAUCAUCAUCUCAUCAUGAUGUUUCUUUCCCUUCCGAUUAUUGUCGCUGCUUCGAGCGUUGAAGAAAUGAUAGGUUCCCGGGAGCUCGAUCAGACUCCCACAUGGGCGGUUUCAUUAGUUUGUGGAGUUAUCAUCAUCAUUUCUUUGCUUUUGGAGAAAACUAUUUAUCUAGUUGGGAAGACUUUCUCAGACAGAAAGAAGUUUGCUUUGCUUGAAGCUCUUGAGAAAAUCAAGGCGGAGCUAAUGGUUGUGGGCUUCAUUUCCUUAACACUGACAUUUGGGCAAAAGUACAUCACUAGUAUCUGCAUUCCUGAAAAGAUUGGGGACACUAUGCUGCCAUGUGAGCUUAGAAGGCGUGGGCAUCACGGGCCUCAUGUUGGGCAUCAUCAUCAUCAGCAUGGGCAAGAGCAUCAAAGGAGGCUCCUCUGGUAUGAACACAGAGUCUUGGCAGCUGAUUCUGUAUCCAGACAAUGCGAAAGAGGAUAUGUGCCUCUUAUAUCCAGCAAUGGACUCCAUCAGCUCCACAUAUUCAUAUUCUUUUUGGCCGUAUUCCACGUGUUGAGCAGCGCCAUAACAAUGCGCCUGAGGAGGGUGAAGAUUCGCGAAUGGAAAGCAUGGGAAAAAGAAUGUGAAGCUGAAUAUGACAAAAAUGAUUCUACUUCAUACAGAUUUGCGCGAGAUACAUCUUUUGUCAAAGGCCAUGCUGCUGCUUCUUGGAUGACAAACAACAUCCUCUUUUACAUCGGUUGCUUUUUCCGGCCCAUGGUGUGGUCAGUUCGUAGAGCUGACUAUUGGACUCUGCGCCAUGGUUUCAUCUCUGUGCAUUUGGCUCCUGGAAUUAGGUUUAAUUUUCAGAAGUAUGUGAAAAGGUCAUUGGAGGAUGACUUCAAAGUAGUCAUAGGAGUCCCCCCCUUGCUGUGGUUUGCUGCAAUGUUUUAUCUACUCAUGAAUGUUGAAGGAUCCCUGGCUUUGUUUUGGCUGUCAAUAAUGCCUCUUUUGAUAAUAUUAGCAGUUGGCACGAAGCUACAAGCGAUCAUAAGCCGGAUGGCUAUAGAAAUCCAAGAAAGGCAUGCUGUUGUGCAAGGAAUCCCGCUCAUGCAAGUUUCGGAUAAUCAUUUUUGGUUUAACUGGCCUGAGCUAAUGCUUCAUCUUAUUCAUCUUACUCUCUUUCAGAACGCAUUUGAGAUCACAUAUUUCUUUUGGAUAACGUAUGAAUACGGGUUGCACUCUUGCUUUCAUCAUUAUUUCCGACUUGCUCUUCUCCGAGUCUUCAUUGGGGUAGCAGUUAAUAUCAUGUGCAGCUACAUUACCCUUCCACUUUAUGCACUUGUUACACAGAUGGGAUCACACAUGAAAAGGGGUAUUUUUGAUGAUCAAACAUCCAAGGCAUUGAAGUUAUGGCACAAAAAAGUGAGGAAAAACAGAGAACGCUCAAUUCAUAUGCUAGGCAGUGAUUCAGCCUCAACUCAACAACAAGACGAACCUCAUCGCCAAUCUAUAUAAAUUAGUGCAAUAACCAUAGGAAUUAAUGUGAAUUUUCCUAUCAUGUUUAUAUAUUCCCCAGCUUACAGAAUUAACUUUUUUUAC